AUGAAGUGCGAGGACGCUAAUAAGGCGACCCGCUUCACAGCGGUGAUUGCUGCAUUCUUCAUGAUGUUCACUCUGGGAUAUAUGGGUUCACAGGGUAAGUAAUUACAAUAAAAUCUCAGUGUGACCUUGUUUUUAAUAAAGGCAAUUUGUCACCGUACAUAAUGUCCUAUCUGUGCAAAUACGUGGACCCAUCCAUACGCAACAGUCAUGUUGUGUGGCUCACGGCUGCCGGUCUGACAUCUAACGGUCUGACCAUGCCCCUCUCGGGCCUGUUAAUUCAUAGGCUCGGAUUCCGCGUAAUUGUCUUUGCCAGUUUUAUCUUAUAUAGGUAAGUAUCCUCCGAGGCUCAAAUGAUUAUCAUUCUCGUUAUUCAGUUUGUAAGAAGACACUUUCCUAAAGCAUCUUAGAACCUGCUUCUAAAUCCCUGGUGUUAGUAGCCGCUAAAUACUGGUUGAGCUUGACUGACUGCAACACCUGGAAGAGCUUUUGCUGCUUAAGUCGUUUGGGUGGAUCGCUAAAGUUGGCGCUGCAGGAUUUAGUAAAUUAGCUCGAGUUACGUGGCAUCCACCAGACAAGGACCUGAGAUCAAAAUACUCUGCAGUAUUAGGGCUUUGGGCGUUUGCAUUGACAUCCAGAGUUGGCCCUCAAAUCCGGUUUCCGGGUAGGGGGGGGGGGGAGUGCGUUAGACCAAAACGACAUGCGCCUAUAGAUGAUGAAAUUGCGACGAUUAACAACCCGGACGCGGAUGACAGCCCAUAAUCGCAUCAAUUCCGGCCCCCAACGGUGAUCGCAAGAGCUGUUAAUUAUAGUACGCAUGUGAUCCCACGGCAGCUACCUUUAUAUGUGACUGUCUCUGAUGGGGAGUCCGAGGGAGAAUCCGAUACGUCAGGCCAAUAAAUCUCUCGUUUCAACGUCUUCUUAUUCUGAGUUGCUUCCUGGGGCUCGCCUGUUCGUUUCUAUCUACAGUACGCUUGUCUGGCUGCGUAGAAUUCUCAUGAGCACAUAGCUACGGCCAAACAUGCGCGCGUUUUCGCGGCAGGUGUUAGACUUAGACAAUCUCGCUACGACUGCCACCACAGUCAGGCCUAAAAUCGGACAGUCGAGAGUGCGGGGGGGGGAAAUCCCUCCUCACGACAUACAACGCUUUUCCCAGCAUAAUGGACCUGAGCCGAUUGAUUCUAUUCAGACGCAGUAAAAGUUGUGGGUUCAAAGGCUUCCAGCUGGGUAAGUAGCGUGUCAUUCGCGAGACCUGAUGACAGGCUUCAUUGGCCCUUUCUGAGUGCGACCUUUGUGGCAUUCGCCCCCCUAGGCGCGAGACCAGAGUCGUGCUUGAAGAGGCCCGGUUCCUGCGAUGGGAUCAGAUCGGGUGUGGCGCAUGCAGACGAACUGUUCGGGUUUUUCAGUCACUGUGUUUGGCCCCACAUCCAGCCUUCCUCCAUUCGUGGAAGGUGAGUCAAGAAUGAGUGAAUGCAGCGGAUACUGCGCAAAUCUGCCCCACUACAAGCCACUUUAGGGAGCAAAUCGUCGCUGAUGCGGCCAUUCCGUGCGGCAUGUAGUAGACAGCACUGUUUACAACGCUCGAACUGCCGGUUCUUGGCUCACACAUGUAUUUUGUGGCUGUCAUUCAUGCCUUAGCUUACAGACAUGCGCCAUCAGCUGGCUACUGCCUACAGUACUGCUUCGGCCAGUUUGUUUGAUAAUUAGAUUGAGCUUGCAUGAGACCUCGAGCUGACAACUCCCCUUAUCUUCCAGAACUUGACAUCCGGCCAUCCGCGGCAGUCCUCUUUACAAGUGCGCCUUAGUCGACUUGAUUUAUGUUUGAACCAACCUGACCGGUUGGUGUCUAGGCUGCCCACACCGUCUUGUACGUGCUCGACACGUGGCUCUAGGACUCUCCCAUCUGUGCAGGUCGAAGCCGUCGACGGUGGCGCAGUGACACACCGUAGUGGCUUACACCAUUUUUACUCAGAAUGCGCAUUUAGUCGAUUUAUUCGAGGCUUUGAGGCUUCGUCUGUUGGAUUUUAGUGGGUUUGUCAGGGAACCCUGCCAGAAUCGUCCGUUUGGGAAACUGACACGUCCCACGAAUCCUCGUUGUUGCCCAUCCUACCAGCUGACGCAAAGGUCUGGUUUCAUGAACCACAGACAAGAAGUUAACGAUAAGCACUUAUCACAGCACCUAUAAUAGCGGAGUUAGCGGGCUGAUAAACAGCGAAUGUGAAUCAGUACCUAAGUGAGUUAAUGGAAGAACACAUUAUCUGCGGAAAACAUUAUGUUUACGGAACUGACGGGUUUUAUUACAGAGUUUGUUUAUGCACGAAAGGGCCUUAUCAGGACCCGUUGAACAUUAUGUCAAAAUGGCUAGAGAGCUCAGCGUGAUCAUGUGAAUAAUUAUGUAUAAACUGGUAAAGCAUAAAGAGUACUCUGCAUCCGGUGUUUCUAGCAGCCUAGUCAAUGAGUAGUCGCCUCCAAACGAUUACUUCUUCGACAGAAUGUCAGGAGACGUUUGAGCAUCGUUCAACUGUAAUACCCAUACUUUAUGAGAUGGCAUGAGAAACCGGUAAGUAAAAUUAGUCGCCAUAAAAAGAGACGACGAUUCAUACUUUUUAGGCAUAACUCUUUAAUGAAUAAUGAUGAAGUUGCCAAAGAUGCCAUGUUACCUGCGGAGGCUGUGCUACUGUAGUUUGACCAGCGCUACAUCCUCCACAUACGAAGAAACGGUUGUCUAAAACAGACUACUAUCAUUUUAUCUAUCCCUAAACAUUAAAAGGAAGCUAAACGAUUGCAGACGGAGGCGAUGCUGUGCGUCUGAUUCAAAAGCAAAUUGGCAGCACAGAUGCUACUAGCUUUAAAUGAUCCACAGAGAUUUAGUUCCCCAUAUCUGCCAAACUUCCUUUGUUUUUUAACAGUUGUGAUGCACUUUUAGUUAGAAUGCCUGUCGUUCUAAUCUGAACUUGUAACUGGCCGUUAUAUGCACGCAGUCCCCUCCUAAGCCUAAGAUAUUAAAAGGUUAUGGACGGCUGACUUGCUUUUUUACCUUUGGGAAUCUGUUGACUUACACAAACACAAUCACAAACACAAUCCCUUUGUUUUGUUAGUCGACUGGUAGAUGGCAUUUGAGCUAGCUAUGCUUAAAAACCAGUGUUAAAAUCAAAGGUCGGUGUCAUGGCCACGAGAAUGGACACACGCCGAUUUACUGAAUGACCAAAACUAACGAGUCAGUUUUUAUCACAGGUUGUAUUUAUGCACGAAAGGGCCUUAUGAGGCCUCCUUGAGCAUUGUGUCAAAAUGGUUGGAGAGCUCAGCGUAAUCACGUGAAUAAUUAUGUACAGUGAGUGACCUAUCUCAUGAAAUGUUGACUGAAAUUCUGAAACGUGUUUUCGAUUAGGAAGGAUUACUUGAUCGCGGUUGUAAUACUGAUUAUCUAAAGGCAUAAUCAUAUAGUAUUUCGGAAUCGGCAGGAUGUCCGCUUUUAAACACUGCUUGUUAAUCUCCUGUGGAAAACGUACUCGGUAAAAAAUGACUACCUAAGUAGCAUGCAUUUUUCUCAUUGAUUUUCGAUGGUCUUGCAAAUUCAAAUAUAUCUUAUAGAAGCCAUGAACAAAAAUACGUUUUCUUUCAGUCAAUUAAUAGACAAUCACGUCUUCUUUAUAUUUGUUAUUAAAUGAAGGCGUAGAAGUAGGUUUUAAAAGAGUUUUCCAAUUCCCGAAUAAUUUUGAGCCAGAUCUGCCAUUACAUUAGUGUUUAGCGAUUUCAGUUUACAAGGUUCAUGCUUUCUACGUAAGGAAAAUCAAAUAUUCCUCUAUUCGUUUAGGAAGAUACCACAUAGAGUUUAUAAAAUUUUGCAAAGGAUCCGAACUAUGAAGAAGGAGACACGAUCGCAUGGAGAAGAGCUUUGUUAGCCUGACGUUUUGGAUUCCUACUCGAAUCCAUCAUCAGAGACAAAAGAGCAGAAACGGGUGGUUGUUGCACAAGUGGUGCGAGGUGGGGUUGGAGUGGCACACAGACCGGAGGCAACCAUCAGGUGUCUGAUCAUGAAACCGAAAGACCCACUGCCACGGCUAGAAACGUCUGGAGUCGUUUAUCGGAUCUGGUGCAGUUGCGGACAAAGCAACUACGUCGGAGAAACCGGAAGACAGCUCAAAUCGAGAAUGGCCGAACACGCGGCAGCGGUGCGCAGAAAUGACGCCAGCUCUCAAGUUGCAUCUCAUUCGACGAGAUCCGGCCACAUAUUUAAAUUCGAUGAGGCCAAAAUUAUCGCAAGAGGUGACAACCGAGUGAGCCGGGAGCUACUGGAAUCAUGGUUUACUGACCCCCAGUCCAUCAACAAGUGCAACGAUCUUCCCAUUCAAUACAGCGUGCUGGGACUUCGUCUAGGCGGAGUAACAAGCCACGCGGGGAGCGCACUGGUGAACACUCUUCCCAACACCCGGGUCAACGCGUCAGAUGGUCGAGCAAUCAUCACGCCAACAUCCAACGCACGUGAUAAAAUUGCAGCAAUUAUCGACUCGAAUGUCGGCCCUCAAGCAAUGAUCACACCAAGUGUGACAAUCCCGGAUGAAAGGGGGAGCCGUGAACGUUCAUAGGUAUGCGGUAGCAUGGCUACUGCAUCCUAUAAAUACCGCAGCCCCUUGUGCAGCAACCACCCGUUUCUGCCCUUUUGUCUCUGAUGAUGGAUUCGAGUAGGAAUCCGAAACGUCAGGCUAAUAAAGCUCUUGUCCCGGCGAUCGUGUCUCCUUCUUCAAGACUACUUCCUGGGACUCGGCUCUUCGCUUCUAUUGAUCCGGACUAUGUUGUACAUUUCACGAGGAGCUGUCAUAAACGGCCAGGUACGAUGCUAUGUGAAUGGACAUUGCGCGGUCUUAAAAAAUGUCCUAAUUAGAAACUUUUUUAAAACCUAAUUAUACUCCUUCCUUGAAUAAAAAAUAUAAAGAAGACGUGAUUGUCCAUUAAUUGACUGAAAGAAAGCCUAUUUUAUUUAUGGUUUCUAUAAGUUAUAUUUGAAUUUGCAAGACCAUCGAAAAUCAAUGAGAAAAAUGAAUGCUACUUAAGUAGUCAUUUUUUUACCGAGUACGUUUUCCACAGGAGAUUAAAAUGCAGUGUUUAAAAGCCGACAUCCUGCCGAGUCCGAAAUACUAUACGAUUAUACCGCAAGGUAAUUAUUUUUCCAAGCGCGCAUAAAUAGUCCUUCCUAAUCGAAAACGCAUUUCAGAAUUUCAGUCAACAUUUCAUGAGAUAGGUCACUCUUUGUAUAAACUGGUAAAGCAUAAAGAGUACUUUGUAUCCGGUGUUCCAGGAAGCCUUGUCAGUCGCCUUCAAACAAUUACUUUCUCCAUAGAAUGUCAGAAGACGUUUGAGCAUCGUUUAAAUGUAAUACCCAUACUUUAUGAGAUGCAUUUAGAAACUGGUAAGUAAAAUUAGCCGCCAUAAAAAGACACGUCGCUUCACACAUUUAAGGCAUAUCUCUUUAAUAUAUAAUGUUGGAGUUGCCAAAAUGUGUUGUUAACUGCAGAGGCUGUGCUACUGUGGUUUGACCGACGCUUCAUCCCCACAUACGAAGGAAAGGUUGUCCAAAUCAGACGACUAUCAUUUUAUCUGUCCUUGAACAUUGGAAGGAAGCUGAAUGCGUACGAGUUGAGACAAUGCCUUGCGUCUCAGUCAAUGGUGAAUUGGCAGCCCAUAUGCUACUAGCUCUAAAUGAUCCUCAGAGAUUCAGUUUCCCAUAUCUGCCAAACUUCGUUUGUUUUUGAUAGUUGUGAUGUCCUUUUAGUUAGAAUGCCUGUCGUUCUAAUCUGAACUUGUAACUGGGCGUUAUAUGCAUGCAGUUCCCUCCUAAGCCUAAGAUAUUAAAAUGUUAUGGACGGUUGACAUUCUUAUUUAUGUUGGGUACUCUUGUCUUGCACAAACACAUUCUCCUUGUUCUGUUAGUCGACUGGUACAUGGCAUUUGUGCUAGCUAUGCUAAAAACCAGUGUUAAAGUCAAACGUCGGUAUCAUGGCCACGAGAAUGGACAUACGCCGAUUUACUGAAUGACCGAAACUAACAAGUUCAGAUUAGAUGGCAAAGAUUGCGGACAGACAAUCAUUUUUUCAGACUAAACUCAAUCAGUCUAAGAUGGUGAAAAAAAAUGCCGCUGCUUCUGACUGAAUAAAGACAGAGUAAGUCGACGGAGUGCGUUCAUCUGACUGCAUCGCCAUAAGCAUGGUUUUCGAUGCCGCAAAUUUUUAUUUCCGAUAGAAACAGUAUCUAGUUUAUUUAAGUUACCAGCUUCCUGGUUCCUUUUUUCCCAGUGCAGUUGUUUUGUUUCAGUGGAGGAAUAUUGCUGAGUUACUUUACAAUAAAGAUCAAUUUCGGCGUCUUCCUAUUGACCCAAUACUUAAUGCUUGGCACGGGACUUGGCUGCUGCUACAGUCACUUGCUCUCCUUGGCUGCCUCGGUAAGUGCGCUUCGACAUUAAUUUCAUGUUUCCUGACAUACAUAAACGGAAGAUGAAUACAGUUGGAAAGUACAGUAUUAACUCGAAAUUAUUAAAGUAUCCCCUAGUGACAGUGAGUGUAUUUUUUACAAAUAUGAUGUAUAUAGAUCAGUUUAAAUAACUCUACUAGAUGUCUGUUUUGACCUACCGGUGGCCCACCGAAUUCUUCAUAUGUGAAUUCCAUUUGAGGGAAAUGCAUAUUGCCGCAAAUAUGUGCGUUGGCUUCACAUAAGUACUUUAGUUUUCAGAAAAAUGCCAUUUCACUUGAAACCCAAAAACUGAAGACUCCCUCGAGGACUAUUUUUAGGUGUGUCAGACAGGUGAUCCUAAGAAAAGAUGACGUCCAGCAUUCACUUCUAAUAUCUUUUGAAUCCUCCAUCCAGAUAAUGAAAACAAUUGCAGCUUUAUUGCGGUUCCCAUUUCAGUCACUUGAAACUACCACUUGGUUAGAAAGAAAGUUGAUAAUUGAUUGAUGUUAACGCAUCAUUCAACGGUCCUUUGUAAUCCGGCGACAUUUUCGUAAAGGUUCUGGUCUCAACACACGGAAUAUUUUAGCAAGAACGAAUAAACGUUUUGUUAAAGUUCCGCUAGAAAGCUGAACGCUGUUUCGACGCAACUCAGCUAUUAGGGUAUGCAAAAUGUCAUCCAAAUGAGCCCGAUAUUCCCUUGGUACAGUGCCGCGCUUAUAGCUCUUUUCCCGUAAACAUUAUAUGAACCAUGUAGCUCGUGAAACGAAUUUGAAAGAAUUUAAAAUCAGUUUGUAGAAGCAUAGGCAAUCAUUGGGAAAAUGCGGCUGCAACAACCGGCAUAUAUGUUCUUGGCAAAAAGUACGCAACUUGCUCACCGAAAAUCCACAAGGUCAUACUCAAUUGCCUGAAAGAAAUGAUGCAUCUCUUGACCUCCUUAAAUUAAUCUAAUUUUGAGGGUUUUGUGAAGACAUCGACAGGGAUUUAAUGCGUAAAAGACAAAAAUAUAUACGUUUAUACGGUAGCCGUGCAAUCGUAUAAAAUUUCAAGUGACAUUUUAAAGUCGAUCAUUGAUGAGAAUUUGCGCAACAUAAUCCGAAGAUUUUGGAGUCACGCUAGGAUGCCGGCAGCCAGAAAAACCACACCCAAAAUUAAGCUCUUAAGUAUGUAAUAGAUGUUUUACAAACACUUUUCGAUGCCAUUUUAGACUCAACUAUAUUUUCCAGAAAACAAUCAUACAAUAUUGUUUCACUCAAGCCUUUAGAGGCAGAUUACAUUCUACCAGCAAUUUUCGCACUUCAAUAUAUGGAAUUUUUGUUUUCGGAAAUGUCCUUAAUUAUGAGAUUGUUAAAUUGUAAAACAUCCAUCAAUGCGUCAUGGUGCCCUUCAUUUUAUUAUUUCUGCCUAUAAAUUGAACAUCAUCGUCGACAUUAAUUGCAUCAUACGGAGGCAGUUCAUGACAUUUUUCCUACAGCGUAGCGAAAUAGGUGUUCUCUUUAUAUGAAAAGUUAUAAGCAUAUAAGCUGGAUCAUAUAAGUUCAUGAACACUACAAAAUGGGAUUUAGGCAUUGUGCCAUAUUGUGGAACCAAAAAACAUUCCUCUACGCGUAAAGUUUUAGGAAUACUUAACUCUAUCAUGAGCCGAAGAAAAAACACUUUUAUGUUUGUUUCGUAUAAAAUGCUAUAACCUCACAUAAGUAAUCAUUUCUGACCAAAAACCCAAUGCAGAAUUCCAUCCAGCACUUUACGAUUAGGGAUCAGACGCCGCAAAUAAUCACCAAGGAGGGAAUGGAAACAUUGUUUUUUUUCGAAAAGCCGUCCUCUUGGAAGUUUUCACGAACUGAUGUCACAUAUCGAAGUGCAAGUUAAAAGCCCGCACAAUUAACAGCUGAAUAGGUACGGCAUGCUAGAAUACGCAUUAUGACAUUUCUGAAGUAUAUUCCUCCCACGAAUCAAGGCGAUAUCUUUAAUCCCAUUAACCCUCAAAUUCUGCAAAUCCUCCACUUUUCCGUUUCAGUCGACGAAGAAUCUCGGCUUCAAGGGGAUACUCAGAAAAUGAGAAUCAUUUUCUAUAGACAAAUGGAUUGGCAGCACUGCUCACUCGUGAUAUAUCGAUAUACUAAACACUCAUCGUGCUCGUUUGGUCAAGAAACAUUCAUGAGAAACCGUUGCAGUGGGCAGGAUGAUUCUUAUAUUAAGAUUCUUUCAAAUCUUUCGACGGUUUUUAUAUGUCAAGUAAAAUCUCAUUGAAGACAAUGGUGAUUUGCUUCUUCGACACCAAAGGUGUCGUUCACGUUGAAUUUACUCCUCAUGGAAACACACUGAACCAACGUCACUAUUUGAAAGCAAAGAUGCGAUUAUCUAAGGCAGCGGGUGAAAAAUGACCGGAAUUUUGAAAGUCCGGGGAGAAUGUGCUUCCUCAUAUCGACGCGCCCGCCCACACAGUGUUGAACACGUUUUUGGCGAAAAACGACAGCUUUGUACCUCCUUACUCGUCGGCCUGGUCCACUACGAUUUCUUAUUUCUAAGAAUGAAGAAAAGCCCACAUGGGAAGCGGUUGAAGAAGAUAGAAGAGUGAAAAACGAAUUGCUGGAGACCCUUGACAGCAUAUACAAAUGUUCCUAACAGGGGCUAAUCCACUAGAAGAAGUGCACACUAUCUAGUGGAACAUUUGGAGUAGGGAUAAUGUUUUUAAGAUGUCGCUUUAAAUAAAAAUGAUUACAUAAGCUAUUAUUGUCCUUUCGGGCACUCCUAGGUUAUUUCCAACAUGUUCAGCGCCGAAUAACUUCAACGUCAAGGAUCUAGGAAGUCUUAAAAUCUACAUUUGAAACCUCUGGGCUAAAAAUGACCUUAAUAACUGAUUCAUUGAAGAAAUUUUUAGAAUACCGCAUUCUAAGACGGAUAAAUGGUAAAGUACGAAGCUGAAAAUUUGCUUUGGUGCUUGUACCUUAUCGCAUCCAUACCUACUGAUCGUAAUUUCUAACCCAUACCUAGUGGUUUCCCAAACAACGAGGCUUGGUUGUCGGUUUAUUUGUCUGUGGAUUUGGGUCCGGCGCCAUCGUCCUGACUCCCCUUCAAACGCUUCUCAUCAACCCCAACAAUAUCCAUGUCAACAACGACACUCAGUAAGUUCUGCCCUCCUGCUACUCUACGGUUGCAUUUUUAUUUUUCUGUCUCGUUAUCGCACAGCCGUCUACCUGCAAUAACCCCCAUCUGAGGUCACUUAUAUCCAAUGAGGUGGAGCAGGUCAGUGGCACAAACUGUUUCUUCAUAUACUUUGCGAAUUUGGCCAAUUAUGACUUUGAACAGACGCACAGAGUAACCUGAGUUUGCCCUGGAUAUCCACUUCCCGAAAUGCUUACAGACUUCUAAGUGUCCACUUGCAUUGUCUCCAGCGCUUCCGUCUCAGAUUUUAUGCGUGAAGAUGUCCGUUAUUGGUUAACCAGCGAGUUGGAUAUCCUUCAGGUAGUUUGUCACAGAUAAUAUCUUAAUUGAAUAUGCAGUGCCUCAUUCAAAGCUAUCAUAGCCAUAUUGUGACCAGUAGUUUUGGGACAUGGAUGGUACGUGCACUGGAAGGGCCCAACUCGCUGUCAUAAUUUGGUAAAGCCAAACGAUUUUCAACACGUCGGCUAAGGUUUCACGGAUUGUGGCGAUCGCCUCAAUGGCCCCGGGGAGGCACUGUUUGAAAGGGUAUCCCCGAUUAAUCUGAAAGCCUACGCUGACGCUUCAACGCGAGUUUUACUGUUGAAGAAGAUCGUCGUAACCUGCUGUUUGCGCAGUGUACUCGGUGUCAGGCGGCUCGGUGAGUGGACUGCUGCCUGUGGGUGGGUAGAAAGAGAGAGUAAUGCGACGUCUCAGUACAUUCUCCACACAAUAAACAAUCCUACACGCCAGAAUAUAUCCCUGUACACUAAGAGCCGUGGCUUUGAGGGUGGCGGACGGACAAUUUUACGCAGACCUCGCAGUCGGCCUGUGAGAUGCGUAAGGGACCAGCUCUCCCGCUCUGUCGGCUCUUGCGCCCGACUCCGCCCCCGAUCUUCUUGACGCUGUCUUGACACCAUGUCCGGGUGGGUGAGAGGGUGGGUGUGCGGUAGAUGUAACGCAAGUUUAUUACCAUCUUCAAACAAAUGCAUCCGUAAACUACCGUCUCUGCCCUCACUCUAAUGUAUAGCAUACCGUGGACUUAACCGAAGCAGACGGAUAAGCUGCCGUAGUAUCAAAUUAGUCUAAUCUGAUCCGCGUAAUCAGUUCAAACGCAGAACGGAGCGCUAAAUACUCCAAUUAAGAUAGAAAAUAUUUAUUGGUUUUUAAAAAAGAUUUGGAUUGCGAAAUGCUUUUUUUACUUGCCGUUAAACUUUCAUUCAGGGUUUUACAACUACAUUGCGUGUACAUUCAGCCAAAGCACAUCACAUGGUGCUCAUACAAUUGCGCGCUGACUGUGGACAAGUUUGCAUGUUUCAUUAGAAAUAUUAAUAAACACGCUGCCACACUGCUGUAUGUACAGGCAACUCACGGUCCUCAAAAUCUUAUAAUUAGAUACACUUUUUUUAACCAAAAGACUUUUUCUCAUAAAUUGCAAACAUGGAAAAGACUUGAUUCGCUACCAAAGGAGCACAAGAAAUAAUAUUGUUGACCAUGUUUUCUAUAAGGUAUGUUUGAAUUUAUAAACGCACAUUAUUUAUUACUAAAACUCUUAUUAAGUCCUCUUUGUUAAUCGAAAACAUAUUCCAGAUUUUCAGUUAACAUUCCGUAGGAAAACAAUCUUUUGUGUGGCUUUUACAAGCCAUGCCGACAGUCAGUGAUGUAAGGCUUGGAGGUGACUGCGCAGAUCUCUCCAAGCUGGCAAAACGUCAAUACAUCGACUGGCUGAGUUCUCAUUCCAGGCCGAGGCUUCAAUCAACUUUCGAUUUAUUUUGCUUUUGGCGAUUUUCGCGAUAGCUUCGAAGUUGAACUUAUGAUCGGUCUGGAAGAUGCGGGCAGCCGCAUGUGAGAAUUGGACGUUCCCUUGUCCAGCUAGCUCAUGUUCGUGUAUGCGCGAUCCGAGCAUGUGUUCAGUCAGACCUGCGUGGCGGAAAGGACAGCUAAGGAACGGAAUUCCAUACAGUACGCCAGAAGGCUUCUCGGUACUUAAUAUGUCCUCGAUUUUCAUGGAGCUGUGUCGCGUAUAACUGGUCGACAACUCUUCACUAGCGUGCUGUAGUCGACGGGUCCUCAGUCACUGUAUCGAGAAACACGUUUGGUGCAUUCUUUAAUUUACAACCACCACUGUGAACAAUCAGCGCAAAAAGACAGUUAUUUCACUUACAGAUAAGAAGUUUAAAUUAAUUUCUGAUAAUAAUUAUUAAUCCAAAUGACUGUUCCUCCAUCAAAAAAGCCCAAGACUUAUUUUUGUCACCCGCAUCAAAACUGUCAAAAUAGAGCUAAAGUUUCCUAAUAAUAACGAAAUGCACCCACUUUUAUGCUGUGCGCCCUCCAACUGGUUCCGAAACUUUAAACACUUAUUUAAUAAUUACCAGUAUCAACUAUCGUACACCAUGUUUUUAAAACGCCAACUGCUAUAGACCGAUGAUAUUCGUUUUCCCUAACAAGAGAAUAAUAGGGUUGCAUCCUGUAAUUCAAAUUAUUUUGCCAUCUAACUGAAGCCUCACACCCCCUCGUUUGCAGAAUGUUUGAAGACGAGGAGCUUUUGCAUCGGGUACCGAGGGCAUUCCUCAUAAUUGGAGGAAUCUUGGCAGGCAUACAGCUGAUUGCUUGCAUGGUUAUGCGGCCGAAACCAUCCGAUGAGAAGGCUUCAAUCGUACGUUCGUUUUUUUAUUGAUAAUUUGCUCUUUACUUAGAACUUCUUUAUAUAACUCUUCUUCCAUUUAUCACAUGCAGAUCUCGAGCAAGUCUAAUGGUCUACAAGUUGAAACGUAAGCUUUUUUCUUUCAAAAACAUGCUCGAUUGAGCGCCGUUCUGUGUAAUUAGACUGGUCGAUUACUGUGACUGGUUAAAAACUAAUGUGCAAACUAAAUACUGUUGUAUAGGCAGAAUGAUAAUGCCGACAUAUGCAAUAUGUUGCACUCAUAGUACACAAACUAUGAGAAAAUUCCAUGAUAUACUUACAUCGAGUUUUCAGAACGGAUUUGUACCGUGUGAAUAAAAUAUUCAAAUAUCUCAACCAGGUUGCGAUUGUCCUCACCAAUCAUUGCACAAUCACGGCAACUUAUAUGUCUAAUCUAGCGGACUGAGUAUCAACUUGCAUUAUUAAGUAUUUCGAAUUAAUCCUUCCCCAUCGACAUCUAAAGCUACUUUGUCGGAAAACGAUCUAACUUGCCUUCCUAAUAAAUAACGAUUUUGGAUCCACUGAAUAUUUAUACUGCUGCACGUCGCAGGGGUUAUACUGUAAAUUAAAAUCGAGAGAAAUAUUUAUUUGUUUAGAUCAUACCCAAAGAACUCCAGAUUUGAUUUAUUGUACCGCAUACGUUAACAGCUCCCAUAAGAAUGAGCAGGACGCCGAAUGAAAUGCGAACGAUAUUUGGCCUAAUGCUGAAUGUGUACUUUGAUCUAAUUUUAGGAUGAAGGCUUUAGAUAACCAACCUGCCGAAAAGGAAAUUUCUCCGCCCGAGCUGUUCAAAAUGCCCGAAGUAUAUAUUCUUUGGAGCAUAAUGUUCCUCACCUUACUGCCACUGACUCUCGUGCUGUCUGCCAUUAAGGUAAGUGAAAGGUUUAUUGACAGUGUUUCUUAUUAUGUAACUGAAGGACUAAACCGAUCACAAUAAUCACUGACUAAGGCAGAAAAGAUGAGAAACUCAGAUCACUGCUACUAGUGAUAUACCCGUUUGACUUCAUCUUGACAAAUUAUCAUUUCUAUUCCUUAAAUUGCCGAGAAGCCGUUUUACCCAGCGUUAUUAACGCAUAGUGGAGAACAUAAUCAGCUCAUCAAGCUUGCUGUUUCAAUCCUCCCUAUAUUUCUUAGCCUCCCUACGUUAGUUUUCAUAUUGUCACAUUGCGAAAUGCUGAAAAAUCUCACAGUAGACUUUAAAAUUAUAAGAUUUAAGGCCUUUUUGUCACAGAAAGCUAAGUUACAUAGAAUUGUGACUAGUACUUGCUGAGACAGAAAUUUUAUCUACGCAUGUACAGUGUAUGGCUUACGUCAGUAAAUGGUAAAAUUCUCACGUGUUUUAAGUUAAAAAGGAUCACUUGGGUUGGGUUGUUAUUUGAUUACCAUGUAGCAUAACCCCAAGAUAUUUCCGUCAAGCCGUUAUACCGACCGUCGAAUGAGCGUCCUUCUGGCCACCUCCAGGCCAUAUACUCUGGAAAAAAGACUAUUCAUGUUGGAUUAGUUUCCUUGUUGAACAUUGUUAUCUUUGUUAGUUGAAAAAUACUUCAUAGCAAACGAACACAAGAUUGUUUUUGCUGGUAUCCAGUUUGUGACAUUUAACGUCUGUUUUAAAACAGUUCUUUGAUGAGAGCGCUCUUUUCGGUUUUAGACGUUUUUAAAGCUCUCGAAGCAUUUUGGACCGCCCUGUAGUUGCACUCCUCUUCAUGGUAUACAAACUAUGCGCUCUAUAGAUCCCAUAAGACGAGAAGCGUAUAUUUCUACAUGCUAUUAGGGACUUAUUUGAUUACGCAAAUAACGUGCUCUGUGCUCAAAACUUCAUACGUAGCACUAAUAAGCGGAUGAAUACCAUGUUGUAUGAAUGGGUACUAUCUGAUCUUGAAAAUCACAUAACUUACCGAUCAUCAUUCUUUUGUCAAGUGCAUUAUUGACAAAAGCCGUUCUUUACCGCCAAUUGAGCAUCACAGUAGAUAUUUUCGAGUGUGCAUUUCACAAAACAAUUGUGCAUUUACGGGAGCAUCAAGAAACCUAGAGAAAAAUUUCCGCUACCGAGUAGCCAAUUUGCUUCGACUGCAGUUCUUGUGGAUGGUGAAAAAAUACUCGCACAUAUGCAGGCAUAUAGAAGUGACCGAAAUAUCUUGACAUUCUUCUGCACGAUAAUGCAUAUGUAACACGCCAACCCAGAAAGGCUUUUCUGGUUGAAUAUAAACCUCCUAACUUCGAUUAACGUUUUUAUGAUAUUGGCCGACAGUUGCAUGUACGCACAUGCGACAUGAAUGACCAGUCUUCAUUUCAUCACCAGAUAUUUUGUGACAAUAAAUCAAAUUGAAGAGAGGUCGGUCAGCACACAAUUUCCGUUUGUAUUUCCAAAUGGCUUUCAUAAGCGAAUCAUCACAAUCUUUGUGAACCUGAAAGCUAAUUACGAAAAAGGAGGUAUUAAUCGGAAUAACUACUACAAAGCACAGAUCAGUAUAAGUCCACUCUAAGACACAUCUCUAAAGCUCAGCCCCCACAAGUUCCACAGAAGUCUGAACAUCCCAUAUUUACCGUCUUCUUAAGUAACUUGCAAGGGUACGCAUGGCAUGCUAUAAACCGUUUUAGUAGUCCAGGAAAAAUUAAUUUUACAGUUGCGUCAAUGCACCUCCCUCUCCUGGCCACUUUUAAAUGCAGUUAGUUAAUAAAAGGAAGAAAAAGGAACUAAAUAAUGACGGAUUUUAAUGAUGGGUCCAACAUACAUUGCUACUCUAUGUCCCGUAACGCCGUUUAUAAAGAAGAGAGAAUUAGGGUUCUAUCAAGAUAACGCAAGCUUGGGUACAUCGAGAUAUUGCAGGCGAGGAGAUAAGUAUGCUUCGAGAAGCAACUACGUCCUGUAAAUACCACCCUUAUCUGACUCUGUCUCUGAUGAUCCGUGCCGAUAAAACUCCUUUUUCAGCUAUCAUGUCCCUUCCUUCGACACUCUCAAUUGUUUAUCCUGUACCCACUGAUCAGAUAGUGUCACGUCGUGGGCCUUCAACACAACGUAUGAUUGCCCUAUUUUAAAAAUAGCAACAAUGAUCGCAAGUGUGCCAGAAUUUAUUUGUGCCGUUUUAUAACUUGCAAGUUACUGAGAAUCAUCAUGGGACACGACUUAUGACUGAACACAGAUGUGUAAGAUGGUAUUCCUCUCCGCUUAUCCACCAACUCAGAUUAUUGGACAGAUGAAGAUUGACGAUGACUCAUAUCUCAGCACUGUGGCAACCCUCGGCGCAGUCGUUAAUACAAUUAGUCGUAUGGCCUGGGGUCCUGUGUGUGAUGUGCUUUCCUUCAAGGUACGUUCUUUCUGAUUACGAUGGAAGCCAUGAUACAAGUCUUACUUUUUUCUAAUAACACUUUUAUCUUUGCUUACCAUAACUCUACUGGAGAAGAAGUCGGAGGUCACUGGGCGGAAUCCUUUUAACACGGGUCAGCCCUUUUGCCGCUUCAUUCUUAGCGGCUACCAGCGGCUCUAGGAUUAAAAUUGCAAAACUCGGAGCAUCAUUUCAUAGUUUUGUAGACGCCAUAAAAACAGGAAACGAUGAAGUAUACUCUUUCACCUACUGUGCUUUGCAAAAAAGGCGGUCGAAAAGCGUCAGAAAGUACACGAAUUUUAACCGCGGUUAAUGUGUUACUUUUGUAAACAACGACUGUGCUUAGUCUGCGAACAUGAAAAUGAUGUCUGUCAUACUAAGCAGAAAAUAAAUGUUCAUCAUACUUUAUAUGUGAAGAAUUGACUUAGUGCAUUUCGACGGUGAAGUUCAGUCUCAUAAUUGUGUUUGUUUGCAGUUGAGGAUACACUUGACCCUUACAGACAGGACAAUGUUACGGACAGGGAAGAGGUAGCCGGACUGGUCGUUUCGGCCCUGCUAGCUGUCAUCCGUUGGCCAUGUCCGACCGCAUAUUUGAGGCACCUGGGAUUCGGGCCUAGGAUCUUUGUUCAUUGAGUUGAACAUCUAAUCGACUUUGAGCCACAGUCUGCUGUCCUGCCGGCUACGGUCGGAAAUGUCGAUUAUUCUGGAAGUGCAUCUCCAUUUCUGACCAUAACCGACAGGACAGCGGGCUCGUGGCUCAAUGGCAAAGCUUUCGAUUCGACGAACCUAGAUCUCCGAUUUAUAUACCAGGUCACCCAAACCUAAAGUUAUGUAUAACUGCUUGUUGACGGUAAAUACGCCGUAAGUGGCCAUUUAAUUCUCCCGUGUUUUUGUCAGUAGGCUUUCCAUUCGUACUACUAGUAAAUGCGCGACCGCCAGAAGGUCUUUGGAUCGAGCCUUAUGGCUCAUUUUGACGGGCAUGUGCGCUUUAAACACAUUUGGCAAUUGUCUCUUGCGCCUACUAGAGUAAGAAUAUUGCAAGGGCACCCAUUGUAUUUCUUUGAGUUCCUUUGCGAUUUUAUCGAGCGUUAGGUGGGCGGCAAUAUCUCUUUGGAACGGAACUGAGGAGUGUGCCUGAAUGUUUCCUUUACGAGGUUUAUUUUUUGCGUUUAGUAAGUUUGCCUGCAUAACUUUCCUGCCUUGAUUAAAAAAUAUACCGAAGACCAUAAUAUACCACCCUAGAAGAUUUCAGCAUUCAGGCUACGCACUGGGCUGACAUAACAUAUGUAGUUAGGUUUUGCCUUUAAAUAUUUUUUGCUGCAUACGUCAUAAGCCCUUCUGUCCUAUGCGCCACGUGGUGUGCAGCACAACGUAACCGGGACGAGCACGUGAAAAUUUUUAAAAAAUAGUCUUGCAAAGCGACGACGUGUUGUUAAUAAUUCCCGGUAUAAAUUUUACAUCUAAAUGAAAUCCCAGUAAAAGUCAAUCAAACUUCAUGUUUUCGGGGCUAAUAACCUACAAAAUGAACUAGAAAAUGGAUGGUUUUUUUAAAAGCAAAACAUUUCGCGAAUACUCCGUGUAAAAGCUCUAGCGGUAGACCGGUUAUUCUAUUUAAACACAGAACAGUACUUAUUUGAAGCAAAUGGUAGAUACAACCAAUGAUCUAUAUUAUAACCAAAAAGAGGCCAACGCUCGUUUACCAUUUAAUAUUGGAAAAAAACGAUUUUAGGACGGUUCAUUGUCAUCGGACUGUAGGCCGGCAGUUCAUUAAAUAUUCUCGGUUGUCGCUUGUUUUCCAUGAUUCAUGCGCGCAUCGCCAUAUGAAAUUGUCUGUGGAGUAAACUCUUUUACAGGGGAGGUAUUGAAAUGGUCUGACAAACACGAAGAGCAUCAGACUUGUAGAUAAUUUGAUAAGGGGAAAUGAUCGUGCAUAAUCGUUUUCUUUUGAACAAACCUCGAAUACUUAUCUUGCCUACUAAUCUGGAACUAAUAAAGUGUCCACAUUAAAAAGCUGUUCUCUUCAUCGUUCGAAUGCAGGUCCCUCUGUUAAUCAACAGCCUGGUUUACGCCGUCGCGCUCACCACGUUCCCCUUUGUGAUGGCAGUGAAAACGGCCGGCCGGUAUCUCUACGCCAUCUGGGCGAUUUUGCUGCAGUACAACAUUGGCGGAUACUUUGUGCUGCUGCCAUUUGCCGUCUCAAGGGCUUUCGGGAACAAACACUUUGCCACCAACUAUGGUAUCGUGUUCACCUCCUUCGUAAGUCAGACCGAAUCAAUCAAUUAUCUAAAGAAGAUGCAAGUACUGAAACACCAAGUAUAUUGAGCUGGCAUUUUUGAGUUAAUAGUUCAUAAAAGAUAGCUACGGAAGGCAGCCUUACUCCUGAAACGAAAUCGUUAAAAUUGAAAUUAUCAACUGAGGACAUGUAGUAAAUUUUGCCUAUCCGCAUAAAUUAUUUUCGGAAGUUGUUUUGCUUCUUCAGCAAAAUAUGUAUCUACGUAAUUUUAUAAGGCGUACUCUUUUCAAAUUUGGACGGAAAUCGUCGUUGCCUCGUUUUCAGGCAGUUUUCUGUGCUAGUACCCGUCUGGAAUUAUGUUUGCUCACCCGCGCCCGCUCUUCCACGAAAGGGGUUUUACCAGCAUUUGACAGAUUGCCCAAACAGCGUAUACUGCUCUUAAAAAUAAAUAUUUGGCCCGCCCAAGUCAGGCAAGAAAUGAUGCGAAUAAACAGCCUUCUUCUAAUUCAUUCGUUUUAUCAACUUUUAAGUAUAUGGUUUGCAAAUUUGUGUGAUAUAUUGAUCUAAAAUACCGCAAUAUUAUGUUAACCUAUGCGUAUUCGUUUUUCUCUACCGUUCGUUCAUAAACCACAGCAACCGCAGAAAGUUUUAUUGUCAAAUGGGCAGUUUCGUUUCUUAGCAUGUGCUAAUACGCAUUCUGCGCGGUCUAUUUUUUGUCAGUCGUAAUCAACAACCAGAACGGGCACAACAUUAACAGUUUCAGCGAUAUUUUGAUGUACUAAUAACCGCUUAUAGAACGAACUCGUGGUGUAAGCGAAAUACCGAAAACGGCCCCAACCUGAGAAAAAAGUUUUCUUUUUCGUAGCAGUAUUUUUGGAAUAGAAAGACCGAAGCGAUGGUCCUUUUCCUUCAUUUCUCCUUGGAAAAUCUUGAUGUGGACAUCCGUGGGCAACAUACUUAUGAGGGCGAUUCUAAAAUACUGCCUUAUUAGACGUUUUCCCAUGGGUCAAGAGCCCCGUUGUCACGAACUCUCACUGUAGACGUUGAGCUUUCAACUUUGAGUUCUGCUGUUAAUAUGACAGAAAACGUCACCUGUGGAAAAAGUAAUGCCUGAAGACGGUCUAUUUUUGAAGGUUUUAAUAAAUACCUUGUAACUAGCCUGCCCUUUUCAGCCGCCUAUUGAAAACAAGAGCAUGCUAAAGACUCAACAAAAUGCAUUGAACCUUAGCGUCGCCGUAAACCACAGUAAUUUUGCGGAAAAAGUCUUCUUGAUACACAGGAUAAAAGUGCGUUUAUAACUGCAUCUGCGAAGUUAAUGACAAUUACCUGUCACCGACCGUCCUGCCAAAAUGUGCUUCGGUAAAAACGUUGAGUCUUAUAGCGUCCUCAUCAGAGUAAGUAACCAAAAUUCUCUGUGCGUUAACCAACGACAAUUCAAACAAUGCAUAAUAGCAAUACCUAUGUGAUAUUCUCAUAGAAUAAUUUUGGAUCGUGUAAUUAAGCAAUAGCCAUUUAACCUUGUAGCAUUCUUCCUGUAACACUAACUUUUAAAAGUCUUCGUCACAAAUGCGGUUUUCGUCGAACUUCUUUGUGUUUUUCUCAUUUUGUUUUCGCGUCAUGUCAAUGAGCAGGCUUGAUGUGUUUCUGCUUCGUUAAUUUACCAAUUUGGCAUACAUAUUGCUUAAGAAUAUUGCUAUUUCUACCCAACGGAAGUGUUUUAAAUAUUGAUUCUGUGUUUUCGUCUAACUGAUUUGAUGGGUAUAUGAUGAGUGAUUUUAAUUGGUUAGAGGUACAAAUAGGCAGUGUCUAGAAGUUUGUUGCGCGUUAAAUUGUAAUGUCUGAGGACGAGGAUAAAUGCAGUCGACGUCCGCCAUUUUCCGGUUCCGCGCUUGUGGAUCCAAUUAUUUGCAGAUUUAUAUUUUUCUGGUAACAGACCAAAGAUUGUUGCUAAGUACUUUUUGUGUUCGCAAAUAAGUACGGUUUCAUAGCAAAAAUGAUUUUUCAUAUCCUAUUGUUAAUGGUAAAGUGUUUGGAAUGGUAAUUUAAGACAUAAAUAGUGUCUAAACAUUUAAACAGUCAGUGGUAUGCAUUUUUGAGGGGGUUUCAAGUAUAUGUGGGCCUAAGCUAUUCGCGUGCAGCUAUGGUCCUAAGUCCCGCGAAUGGUGGGGUUCGUAUCUACCCCAAUUUGCCCCUUUUUACACACUCGCCCUAUGCUUCCCAGAGAUAACUUACAGAAAAACAUUUGCCUUCAUGUAGGGGAAUUAAUUUUGUAAUCGAUUUUAAAUGGCGUUGCAUAACUCGGUAUGACAACUCGUAUAGUAUUCUUUGGCCAACCAUGACGGUCUUUAUAAGUCUUCUCACAAUUCGACGAUGCAUUACCUAUUAAAAUACCCAGUAACGCAGUUGGCUGACGGAGCAAAUUGAAAUGAAGCCCGGCCAUAAAGUCUUUGGUGAUUUGGACACUUUAAUAUUUUUAACACUUAAAUCAGCUCAAAAGAAAAAUAUAGAUGUAGAAGAGGUAAGAUCCUAAUGGAUAACAGACUGUUCUUGGAGCUGCAGCUUAGAAGGAUACGUGCGCAGCCAUCUAACGUUAAAAACAUUGAAGACAUGCGUAGUAACUUUGACAAAAUCACAGUAUUGUCCUUGAUACGUGCCGCAAAACUUGACGUAAAUAAAAUCCCUUUCGAAUCUCAGAAAAGGAGCCAUAUAUGUUCCGGGGCUUAAAAGUUCUGCAUGCGAAAAUGACUGUUAUUAUAGAAAAGGUCAGCCUCGCCGUCUAAUGUUACGCUUGUAGACCCGCUAUUAUCUAAGGCAUAUUUGGACGCUAAUAAAACAGAUGCUCAAUUUGCGUCUUAUUAUAUCUUUGCCGUUUCAGAUGUCUAUCUGAACGUAUACAUGGGCGUAAUAUUCUUAAAAAUUUGAAAAUUUCGACAUCGUAUUAAGCACCCAAACAACUGGAAGUGCAGUAUAAAUGGGAACAUAAUCUAAUUUAACUGGACAACAAAUACUUGACUUCUAUAAACCCUUAAGUUGCCAGAAUUAUAGAGUUGAUCAAAUAAGUUAAACGCAUAUAUACAUACAGCUACUGUUGUCAUGGUCAACGUGACUCACGACAGACAACGCUAAGUGAUUAUUGCACCCAAAUAUAUUUCUGCAGUUCGAAACCCCCGGUCAAGUUCUUAAUGCCCCUUAAUGAGCUACUGCUUUUUCGUUAGUAACGCCUUUUACUACAAACCAAAAUAUCGGACAAUUUAUCUUAUAGUAGCCACACUUCUGACAAUGUUCCCACAUCAUUUUCCGUAUAAUCGAUUUUUAUAUUCCCUAUAUAUGACUAUAGUCUACGCAAACAUUUAGAUACCAGGUGGUAUAAUUGGAGCAGCCGUCGUGGCGGCCAUUACUUUGGAAUACCACACAAGGGAUAUCUUUAUCGUGUGUGGUGCCACUAUUUUUCUGGGUAAGUAUUAGUCAUUCCUUUCAAGGUUGUUCUUUCUUUUUUACACAUGGAGACUAUUUGAUUCCUUUUCUUGAGGAGUGACGCUGUCACUUAAUGCGCUUAUUGCCCCCUCCCUCGCAUUUCCGUAAAUGAAUUUGAAUUGCGGAUACUCGCCCGCCAUCAAGGAUGUUUCUCCUACCGCGUGUGGAGGAAUAUUCCAAAAAUAAGGAAAUUGUGACCACGCCUCUUUAACGUCCACGAAUUAAUCCCACUUGUUGGGCAGAAUGCUGGUUUGGCCGAGUGCCUCCCUCUGGGGCCUCAGCAAUCGGUCAUUUGUUGAACAUCGGAUGGAUGACUGAGUGAAUCCGUUUAUCAAAUCACGGUCAGCCACGAUGGAGCUUUUGCGUAUGGCUUACCGGUGAUUGCAAUCAGGUCGGAUAUAAACAUGUCAGUCUCCACUUGCCUUUUCCGAAGUUGCGUAUGGAUUAUUCGUUGUCUGUCGCUGGGAGUCUACCUGCGAUGCCUGUAAGCUAAAGCUACUAGGCAAAAUGGACAGUCCGGAUUUAUUUAUCCCCCACCCCACUUAGCGUUACCUGCGUUGUUCAUGCCAGUGAACCACACGGACGAGACUAACAAGAAAUGAGGACCACAUCUCAGCCUUUCCGGGGCUGACGUAUGGCUGCUGUAGAGGGAGAUAAAUUAGUAAUGAAAACUUUUAGUAUACUUCCCUGUCGUUUUUGUCCGCACUACCCAUCGAUUUCUGAUUCUGCCAGCAGGACCUCAGCGGUUAUUCUAAAGAAUUUGCAUUACUAUCAAAUUAAAAUUAUUUCGAAACCUUAUGGAAAUGUUUGAUGCCUUCCUGAAUGUGCGCUGCUGAAUUUUGACAGGCAAGCACAUACUAUCGCAGUCCGUUCUCGUCUACAAACUUAUCUAAAUUGUUAAAUGGAAUAAAGGCGUUCGCGUUUUAGCGAGUUCGCUCAAUCAUAGUCCGCUGUUCCGGACGCAGACGGCAGCAUAUUAGGCCAUAGAACAUUGGUGAGGGCUUAGAUCAAUGAAUUACUGCCUUCAACCUUCAGACCAGUAUGGCUAGAUGCUUAGGUUUGGUUGGUCAGAUGUGGUUAUGUAGCCCCACGUGAUGGGGACAAUGCGAUUGGGGUUGUGGUUAGGGGUUAGAGUUAGGGAUUUUGGCAAUUAUUUCGCAAGCCCCCCCCCCCCUCCGCCAAGGUUGAGCCAUGCACUCCCAAUAGUUUUUCUUUUGCUUACAACUUAAUAACCUCGUCCUCUGUGCGUCCCACGGGCCCACCUAUAAAAGCCGCUAUUACCAACUGUCUCAGUGACCGAGAUUUGGUCACCUCAGGUGCGGCUGCAUAAUCACAUCUGACCGUUUGCUUCACGGACAGCUGCUUAAGUCCCAUUUGUUUUGUUCUGCACUGUGUGCGACGUAUCGGUUGCCUGUUGCUGCUCGACUGUCUAUCACAUGGAGCGUCCCAUAGUGGUUCCACAUCGUGGUUUCCGCAUGAACGUACACCUGCAAUAAAACUGCGAAACCAGGAGUUAACAGUCCAACUCAGACCCGCUCAGGAGAGGGAUGGGACCGGCUUGUGAAGGUAAAUAAAUUAAAAAUAGCAGUCACAGUCCCGCCGGCGUCUUUAUUGAUGAAAUCCCAUCGAGUAUUGAACCCGUCUGCAAAGCCUCUGCAUACAUUGAAAAGACCCCGCCUAAAUACCUUGCUGACAUCGUGAACAGAGCCGUAUUAGUCGGCCGUAGAUAUUUUGAGAAGCUUGAAAUGACCGCAACAUGUGUGACUGAUAUGCCCUCAAUUGAUACAGCAACAGGUGUAGGUUAGAGUCGGUUGAAACUGCAUAGACUGAAAACAACUCGCUCAAUAGUCAAUCACAGAGUUUAGCCGCAAAAGACCGUAAAAACUGGUGAAUAGCUGCGGGUUAGAGGCCCGUGUGACCUAGAAUAAAAUCCAGCGGCCAACACGCUGGUGUCGCGUCGGGUGAUGACAGAUUUUCCAGACACGGGAAGUCCCAUUUAAACAGCGCGUAGCCGAAGGACAACACAGACUUCCAUAUGAAUUCAGUGUGAUCUAAUGUUGCUCCCAGGUGUUCGUCCCCAUGGGGCGCCCGUCUGAAUCUAAAAAAUAACUAGGAUCUAAUGCAUUACUUCAAAAUAUGCUACUCAAAUGUGGCCUGCGAAUUUAAAAUAAAAAAUACUUGUAUGCUUCUUCAGAUGGUUGUGCAUUUACAAUCUCUUUAAACUAUUUUGCAUAUUCGUCUUAGUGGCGAUAUUGGCAUGCGCAUUGGAGGACGAGAAGGCGCCCGCUUGGUGUAGGGGACGAUGGAUGAGGAGAGGAAAGGCAAUGAAUGCCGCUCCGGCUGCUAGCUAA